AGCACUAACUUGAUGCUAGAUACAUCCAUUUGAGGGACAAGCUUUUUCGGACGGAGGGAGUAUCUCAUAUCCUUUACGUGCCAGUUUUGAUUCAAUAGAUCAUUAGCACGCUUGGCUUACAGUUCUGAUGUAUCCUGCCGGUAUGUAAUGUGCAGAUUUGAUAUAUUAGGACUUCAUGAGUUUGAUAGUGAUCGUAAGAGGAUGUCUGUCAUUGUCGGCUGCCCUGAUAAGACUGUUAAGUUAUAUGUCAAAGGUGCAGACAGUUCAAUGUUUGGAAUUAUCAACAAAUCAUUAGAGCUGGACAAUGUUCGUGCUACAGAGGCACAUCUCCACAAAUAUUCAUCACUUGGCCUAAGAACUCUUGUUGUUGGUAUGCGUGAAUUGAGUCAACCUGAAUUUGAGGAGUGGCAGUUGGCAUAUGAGAAGGCUAGCACAGCAGUACUUGGCAGGGGAAAUUUACUCCGAUCAAUUGCAGCCAACGUAGAGUGCAAUAUCCACAUAUUGGGGGCCUCUGGGAUUGAAGAUAAGCUUCAAGAUGGGGUACCAGAAGCAAUAGAAUCUCUUCGGCAAGCAGGCAUGAAAGUUUGGAUUUUAACAGGGGAUAAGCAGGAGACAGCAAUUUCUAUUGGCUACUCUUGUAAGCUGCUGACGAAUGACAUGACACAAAUUGUGAUAAAUAACAAUUCUAAGGAGUCUUGCAAGAAAAGUCUCGAGGAAGCACUUGCAAGAACUAAGGAGCACAGAGUUGCUUUGUCAAUUGGCUCACCGUAUCCAGUGUUAGCAUCAGAAUCUUCUGGUACAGUUCUUGCUUUGAUUGUGGACGGUAACAGCCUUGUUUACAUACUUGAGACAGAGUUGCAAGAAGAGCUUUUCAAAGUAGCAACAGAAUGUAGUGUUGUCUUAUGUUGUCGAGUGGCUCCUCUACAAAAGGCAGGCAUAGUUGCACUUAUCAAAAACAGGACAGAUGAUAUGACCUUAGCAAUUGGUGAUGGAGCAAAUGAUGUUUCAAUGAUCCAAAUGGCUGAUGUUGGGGUUGGUAUCAGUGGCCAAGAAGGAGGACAAGCUGUUAUGGCAUCAGAUUUUUCUAUGGGACAAUUCAGAUUCUUGGUUCCUCUUCUAUUAGUUCAUGGUCACUGGAAUUAUCAAAGGAUGGGUUACAUGAUCCUUUACAACUUCUACAAGAAUGCCACAUUUGUCUUGGUUCUUUUCUGGUAUGUGCUUUAUACAUCAUUCACUUUGACGACUGCUAUCACCGAAUGGAGUAGUCUCCUGUAUACUGUGCUUUAUACAUCCCUUCCAACAAUUGUUGUUGGUAUUCUUGACAAGGAUCUUAGCAAGUCAACACUGCUAGCUUACCCAAAGCUUUAUGGAUCUGGCCAACGGGAUGAGAAGUAUAAUUUGAAUUUGUUUGUCCUCAAUAUGCUUGAAGCACUUUGGCAGAGUUUGGUUGUGUUCUACAUACCGUAUUUUGCAUAUCGACAAAGUACUAUAGGCAUGUCUAGUCUUGGAGAUUUGUGGGCACUUGCAUCAGUCAUCGUUGUAAAUAUGCAAUUGGCCAUGGACAUCAUUCGGUGGAAUUGGAUUAUACAUGCGUUCGUAUGGGGGACGAUAGCAGCAACAGUGAUUUGUCUAUUUGUGAUAGAUUCGAUAUGGGUUCUUCCUGGUUAUGGGGCCAUCUAUCACAUAAUGGGGCAAGGCUUGUUUUGGUUACUGCUGCUUAUCAUUGUUGUCACAGCAAUGAUCCCACAUUUUGCAAUCAAGGCUUUCACGGAGCAUUUUGUUCCCAGUGAUAUUCAAAUCGGCCGAGAAAUAGAGAAGUUUGAGGCUUUAAAUCAGGUGAAUCGUUCGGAAAUUCCAAUGCGAACGUUUUCAUGACCCUUGCAGGGGAAUUGCAUAUAGCGUUACUGUUCUUAUAUUCUGUUUCGUUUGUUCGUUUCUGCCCUUUCGGUGUGUAUACGGGCCAUUCAUUUGUUAACGGCAAUAGAUUUAGUCUCCAGGGUGUGUGUGUAUGUAUUCUAUCUAACAUUCACCGAAAAGGAAAUAGAAAUUGUUGACGACCAA